AUGAAUAUCCUAAUCAAAGCGUAAAGCAAAAUUAUAGAAAUAACUCAAAGAACUUAGUUUCGUAUAAUAUUUAUUGUAGGAUUUCCAUAAUUGCUUCUCUUAGUGAUUAUUCUCAUUUACAUAAACUUAAAUUAUAAAUAAUCUCUAUCCGAAGUUGAUGAAUUCUCAAGUAACAUGUAUGAGCAAGAGAUUUAUUUAGUUUAAAUAUAAAAUAAGGCUCAACUUGACCCGCUUUAUCAAAAUAUCUAGCAUGAAGAGUGGGUUAUAAAUUUGCUAUAGAAUUUAAACACUAAAAUGUUAAAUGGGCAGAUUAUAGUUAAUAAUAAAUUCAUAAGUCCUAUUCUCAAUAUCUAAAACACUUAUAAUAAUAUUGGUGAUAGCUAUUUGCUUAAUCUAUAUAAAAAAAAUAGUUCUUAUUUGGUAUCAAGUUGGCAUCAAAAAGACACUCUCAAUAUAAGAGAAUUAAACUAACUAUCUUUGGACUAACUCAGAAAUGCAAGUAUCACUGAUUUUUUUUCAAGAGCUGCCCUUUUUGCUAAUCGGUUAAAGUAGUAGUAAACUAAUAUCGUUAAUAUAGUAGAUAAAUCUUAUUUUACGGCUUUUAAUUCUGAUGGAAUGUUUUUCGGGGCUGGAGCUAAUAUGACUUUUUAGAAUAUUACAGAUCCACCACCUUGCUAAAUGAGUAAAUAUAAUAUGGAUUCUAGGUGUUAAGGAUACUUUUAAGACAGCAUGAGGCUCUAUCAAUUCCCCUUUGUUGGAUAUUUUCCUAUGCUUUUUAUGUAUGACUCUAAUAACAAUCCUUAUUUGUCAACUGGAUUCUGUAAAAAAGUAUAUACUCCAGAGAGCUUUUUUUAGAAAUAUAGUAGCCAGCUAUAAAGCAGCUUCACUCAAAAUUCAAAUAUUUUUUCAAUUGUUUGCUAAGGAAUUUAGGUUUAGUAGAAUAUAAUAACAUUUUAAAAUUUAGGUAAUAACUAAGCCUUAAGAAUUUUAAUUGAACCAAUUACAUAAAGUGUUGUCUACUAAACUUAUUUUUAAAUAUAGCCAAACGUUAUUCAUACUCUAAAUGAAACCUAUUUGUAUUAAUUAGAAGAAGAUUAGAAGAUUUUAUUCUUGAAAUAGAUUUAAAGUUUUUUUUAUCAAAAUUAUAUUUUGGAAGAAUGUUCUUUUGACAAAAACUACAUUCUAAAUUUAAACAAUAAAUAGAAGAUAGGAUAAUUUAACUUUUAUCAAUAAAAACAGGAGAUGGUUGCAUCACUUUAAUUUACCUAUGUGAUAGAUAAAAAUAUAAUAUCAAAUCAAACUGUUAAAAAUCAAGCUUAGUUUUGUUACCUGAAUAAUUUAUUACUUAUUACAAUAAUGUCUAAAGAUUAGCUCUAAGCUUAGGCAGUAGCUUUAGGAAAAUAGAUAGAAUAAGUAGAUUUAACCUUUAGAAUAUUAAUGUAUUGCAUAAUAUUCAUAUCUAUCGUAAUAACUUUAUAUUAAUCUGUAAGGAUAAGCAAGAUGAUUAACAACUCUGUUGAACAUCUGACUGAUAUUCUAAAGAAGAUUAGAGUGGAUGAAGAAACAAAAAAUAUGAUUUUGUUUGAGGAUGGAAUAUUUUCAGGGGAUUUUGAAAUUGAUUAUUCACAAUUAUUCUUAUCUUCUGAUAUGCUCCUGCUCUAUUAAAGCUUUUAAAAUUUAUUUUAAACACUCAUUUUUACAACCUAAAAUAUUUUUGGUUAAGAUUAAAGCUUAACUUUGAUAGAAUUAUCAAAAUAAAUAAAAUAUUUUCGCUAAAUUAAGAAUUGUAAAGCUCUAGGAAUUUGCUACAAUAAUAUAGGAAGCAUUCAUUUCAAUAAUAGCAGAUUUUUGGAAGCAUUGGAGAAUUUUAAUUAAGCAAUAAUUUAUUGUAAAUAUGAAAUGAGUGAGUUUUAAGAUAAAGUCAGCUUAACUCAAAAAUCUAAAACAGAGCAAGUAUGCAAAAAUGAAUAAAAUGAUUGCUAAAUUAAAAAAGCAGAUUUUUGUACAUUUAAAUACAUCAGUAAUCUAUUAAAUAUUUUGAGAAAAUUUUUUAUCUAGAUCAGGUAAAAAUUAAAAUCUAAAGGUGAGUAAAUGUUACAGUAAAAUAUUCAAAACUAAAAAGAUCUAAUCAACAACCUGUUUACUCAUAGAAUUGAUAAUCAAUAUUACAUUUAAUAAGAAUAAAAUGAGUUUAAUUAAAUGUUAUAUAAUAGAAAAUAUAACUUUCUAAUUUCUUUGGUAUAUUAUAACAUUCAGCAUCAAAAAUACAUUUGGCUUUGGGAUACUAUAGAGAGUCUAGUUGAUGAAUUAAAUAAUUUAGCUAUUCCAAAUUAUAAUUUGAAACUUAAAAUGGGAAUUCUCUUGAAUCUAGUUAUGAUGCAUAUAAAAUUUAACAAAGGAGAUUGUAAUGAAAAUUACAAGGUAAUAGAAAACAGUGAACAAUUAUAUGAAGCUUUAAAAGCUUUGAAAGACUCUGAAUAUUUAUAGCAUUAGUAAAUUUAAUAAAAUGACUCAAAAAAUUAGGAAUAAAUUAAAUAGGCUCAUGAGCUAACAAUAUAUGAAACAAUAGAAAAUUGCAGUAGUUAUAAUAUAAAUAAAGCUUCAGAAAAUAAUGAAUAGACUAUAAAAUUCAUUAAAAACGAAAAACAAGAUCAUUAAAUGUAAUAUUAAUUAAAUAGCUUGAGCCCGAUACAAAACCAGUCAAUUUUAACUACAUAAAAACCUAUUUUGGAUUAUUUAAUGAGUUUUCAGAAUCAAGCCAAUUCCACCUAUAAUCCAUUUAUAAAAAAUAACUCAAAAACCAAUUUAGAUUUUUAGUCUUAGCAAACUGAUUUUCAAACACUUGAAUUCAACUCUCCAAUUAAAAAUAAUAAGAUUAGCUCACCAGGAUAAGAAGCAUUUGCAAAAUAUCCAAGAAAGUACUUUGAAAAAAAAUAAGAUACAAUUUAAAACGAAAGCAAAAGCUACUUUUAAAAUUUUGUUAUUAAUUUGAAUUUAGAAAGCUAAAAUUAAGAUUUCCUUAAUCAAAAAUCUAUAAUUUCGAAUUUAAAUACUCCCAAAUCUCCAAAAUUUUAAUUUUUUCAGGAGAACAUUAACUACCAAUUAAGUCAAUUUACACCAAAAUGUAUAAAGUAAUCUUCAAGUUAAGCAAAUCUUAGAAAAAAGAGUUCAAUGUACCUAACAAGAAAAAAACAAAAUAGUUUUUAUGAUAUUCAAAGUACAAAUAAAUCAAAAAUUAUAGGAAGUAAUAAUUUGCAUACUAAAAAAACAAGAAAUAGUUUAAAGUAAAAUCUAAACUAGCUUGACACUUAAUUUCUAAUUUCUAGUAAUAGCAAGAGACUCAAUGAUAUAUAAGGAUAACCUUAUUGUAAAUUAAAAAAUAGAAAACAAUCAGAUAUGCUUAGCGAGAGAUUGAACAACUCAAGUAAUUUCUACUUACAUGGAUUUGGAGAAGAUAGAAAUACUUAUGAUUUACAUGAAGAAGCUGUUUUAUCAUUCUUAAUGGAUUAAAGAGCAAAUGACAAAGCAAAUAAAUAAAACUACUACUAAGCAGCUGAAGAGAUUACUGAGAUGUUUGAGAAAUGCAAUAUAAUUACUCCUUAUUAAUUCAAUAGGAGCUUUAAGAGACUAUUAAAAAUUUUUGAAUAGUUUAAACUAAAUCAUAAAUGUAUUGAGCAGUUUUACAUUAAAUUUGUUAAAGAUAUUUCUUUUAAAAUCUGUGUCCUUCACAUAGAUUUAGAUAGUGAGGAUUUAUAAAAUACCAACAAAACUGUAAAUUAAUAAAUUAAUAACAACGAUAAAUAACAUUUGAAAGAAUAAAAAAAGCAGCAAGAUUUACUUGAAUAGCUAGAGGAAAUAAAUUAAAAAGAGAGAGUAGUUAAUUUGUGUUCUGCUAUAUUAGAUAAAGUGAUCAAAAAAGAUGAUGAUUAUUUUGGAUUUUUAGCUUCUUCGAUAAGAGACAUGUUUAUAAAGUAACACAUUUCAAUAAUUAAUUAACCAUGGAUUAAAAGAAAUGUUAUAAUUUCUGUUUUAAAUAACUAUAUUGAUUAAUUAGAAACCUAAAAUUCAAUAUAAAUAUCUCAACAUUAAUUAAACAAAGCAAAUAAAUUAAGAAUUCGAUACAUGAAAUCAAAUGAAGAGAAAAUAACCAAUCCUAUGAAUUAAAUAGAUCUUAGUAGAAUUAAAUCUCAUUCUCUUAUGAAUCAUCCAGUGAACCUUAAAUAAAGAUCUCUCACUUUUCAUAAUCUUUUAUAAAAAUAAUAAAUAAAUGAUCCUAAAAAUUAAUAUCCAAAGACAACUAAAAAUUAUUCAAUCGAAUCAGAAAAGAGAAACUUAAAUUUUAAUUUUUAAUUGGAUAAUCAAUAUUCAAAAUAAAUUUUAAAUAGCCCUAGCGCAUCAAACUUUUAAUAAAUUUAAACAAAUCUACAGAGAUGCUAAGAAAAUUUAAUCAACAACAGUGUUUUGAAUAAAAAUAUAAAUAAGUAGUAAAUUAAUUAAAUAAGAAGCCCUAAAUAGGAAGAACAAUAAAGUAUAUUAGAAGUUUCAAUAGAUGAAAAAUAAUUGUUGGGUUAAAAAAUAAGCUCUAUCAAUAAUUCGCAAAUGAGUUAAUAACUCUUAAAUAAUUAAUAAAGAAGUUAAUUAGAUGAGACUGAUUUAAAUGAAAAUAGUUCAUCUUAGAGGAUAGAAAAAAAUAUUAACCUUAGCCCAAUUUAAGAGGAAGUGUCAAGAAAAAAUCUUAUGAUAGAGGAAUUAUAGUUGGAUUAAACAAAAAACGAUGUAAAUAAAUGUCUAUCUAUUUACUAAAAAAAAUAGAGCAAAUAUUAAAAAAUUUAAACUUAAGAUUCUACAAAUCAAAUUUUUAAAUAAAAUUAUAAGAAUAAUAAAAAUAUAAUUUCACUUGGUCUUUAAAAUUCUAUACCUAAAAUAUUAUCUGAGGAGGACUUAAAAAACAAAAAAAAUUUAGAUAAACUACCAUCUUCUUCUAAGAAGAGUUUUCUGAAGUUAAAUUAAAUACAAUUUUUUGAAAAAUAGUAAAAAGAUUAAUAAUAAAUAAAUUUAGAAGAUGCUAAGAGAAGAAAGAAAUAAAUAUUUUAUUUGAGUGUUAGAAAAGCUCUUUAAGAAGUAACAGGACAACAUACAGGUUAAGCUAUAUUAUAUUAAUUAAUGGAAUCAAAAUUUAAAAAUAAAAAUAACCAAGUUAUGGAAAAGCAUAUGAUAGAUAUGAAAAAGGAAUAUGUUGAUGAUAUCCUUUACCUUAACAGAUUUUAAGAAAAGCUCUUUAAAAAAUUCAUAAUUUUAGUAAUCUAAGAUCUAAAUAUGGUAGAUUAGACUUAACCAGAAUUUGAAAUGCUUCAUUCAGAGCUUAUAAAAUUAAAUGUAGAGUUGUGUAUUCUAAUCCAAAAUGAGCAUCUUUCAACUAAAGAAGAUAGUAAGGAUAGUUAAAAAGGCCAAGAGAAGUUUUAAUAAAUAUCUUAUUUCUAUUGUGAGUAAAAUCUAUUGCUUUACCUAUUAAACUGCAGAAAUUCUAAAUACCACAAUAUAACUCCAACAAUAAUAGAGCACUUCUGA